CUGUAUACUCAAAGAAACUCAAGGAGCAUUCAGCUUGGCUGCUGAGUACAUCGAUAUUGUCAAAGGAUACUGACGUUUCUUUUACAGAGUGAAUAUCAGCACACUAUCCAUGUGGGCAAGAGUUGGAGCUGCAACAGCAGGAGCAGUUAUAACCAUUGCUGCUGCCCCAGUGAUUCUGGGAGCUGUGGGAUUUACCAGUGCUGGAAUAGCAGGAGGCUCCAUUGCAGCAAGUAUGAUGUCUUCAGCAGCUAUCGCCAAUGGGGGAGGAGUAGCUGCUGGAAGUCUGGUGGCCAUCCUUCAAUCUGCCGGGGCGGCUGGAAUCUCAGUAGCUGCCAAACUUGGACUGGGAGCUGCAGGUGCUUUCAUUGGCGCGCUUUUCUAACAUUCGAAAAUAAAAAUGCCUAAAGACAACGGAAAAUAAAUAAUUUUCAUUCUGAAUCAGAGGAGGGAAAAGGCAACUGAAGCCUGAUGCUGAAAUUCAAUAAUAGCUCUGCAUAAUCGAACAUUUCACUCUGUCUGUUUCUUCAUCCCAAAUAUGGGAAGUUUCUGUGCAGCAGUUUUGCUCAAAUUGUUUGCACCAAUGGCCUAGGGGUAUUAGUGCUAGACACAGGUGAUGUUCUGGGUUCAAAUCCACCCUGGCAGAUGGGUGGAAUUUCUAUUCAAAAAUAAAGGAUUAUAAAAUAAA